AUGGCUUCACGAUUCCCACGCCAGCGCGAUCCCCGCGCCUCUUCAUCGCUCUUCGAUCAAUAUGGCGGCGACUCCCGCCAAGCGAGCAGAUCGCCCGCCCAGCAGAGCUACGGAUAUGGAGGAUACUCGAGUCCCGCACCCAAUGGAUAUGCCGACAAGCCUGGGUACCAGAGUGCAGCACCGAACAAGAAGGGCCACUACUCGGACGCAGUACUCUCAUCGCUAGAGUCGCAAAAUGAUGCGGAGGUUGAAGGAAUCAGCGCCAAGGUCAAGAUGCUGAAAGACAUCACUCUCGCCAUUGGAGACGAGAUCCGCGAUACGACACACAUGACCGAGCUUAAUGAUUCAUUCGACAACACGCGAGUGCGACUACGAGGGACUAUGAACCGUAUGCUUCGCAUGGCUGAUAGCACCGGGGUCGGCUGGCGGGUCUGGCUUGGCUUCUUUGUGGCCGUUUUCCUGCUGUUCUUCUACGUGUGGAUAUUCUAA